AAAAAUUAGGUUAUGCAUUCUGACAAAUGUUUGAAGACAAAAGUUGAUCUCGCACGAUGAGGUUGUGUUUUGAGAACGUGGCGAUUUCUCUCCCCCCCACCCUAGGGGCUGUGCUUUGUUCGCUUGGGCGUCUGUCCAAGUACCGAAUUGAACACAACGGGGACUCGGCUACCGUGACGUUGUACUACGGAAACGAGAAGAAAAAACGCGCAACUAGUAGAAGAAGGAGGAGGCGCCCUAAGUCUACACAGGGUGAGCCUAACUUGGCGGCUCAACCGCCAGGGGCGGCUCCACCUGUUCCGAAGAGGAGGACGAGACGCGGAACGGUGCAGGGUGAUCCAAACCCGGUGGCUCAACUACCGGGGGCGGUUCAUUCUGCUUCACCGGAUACACCCACUCGACCGAAGCACUCGCCAGGAACCAUCCAGGGGGGGCCAAAGCUGUCAGCUCAACUGACAGUGGAGGCUCCUCCUGUUGAGGGAACCACACUGAUGGACACGGGACACGUGGUCGUUCUCGACCCACCGGAUAGUCCACCACCACCUCCGGUUGCUGUUGUUGGAGUGGUGAUCCAGAGAGAGUCCAAAAGGAGGAAGAUGUCUUCGGUCACCUCACCGAAGAAGUCCGACCAAACCGACUGGACUCUCGUCUGUGACAAGCUCCCAGCGAAGUACAGAGAAGCGGUCAUCGGGGACUUCACCGACCCUCAACAACUUAAGGGACCCUGGUCAAACAAGCAAUGGCGCCAACUUCCGUCUGGACAAGGGAAGUACCAGAUCCGGGGGUCCCCUCGCUCCAAACAACUUUAUGUGACAGCGCAGCAGGACGGGCUGUACAGACAAGGACUCCUGAAGGCUGAGAUGCCCAACGCGACCAUUCAUCGAAUUUUAAAGCUGGUAUUGCGGGACAUCUACACAGGAGUCCUUGAACGAAACAUCGAGUAUUUGAUGGAAGGACUCCCCAAUCUCUCACCUGAUCAGCCCAUCACCUCACCAUGAGUCCUGCUGCGCCAACCUUAACUAGGACAGGUAUCCUCCUUUUUGGGCUUAGUUGGACUUUAAACUUUUUCGAUCGAGCUUCAAAAUUUCUAUGUUUAUU